AUGUCGAGGGCAUUCGAAACGUAUACCAUCGGACCAGAGAGCCCGGAUGUCCGCAGCAAGUAUCAGCCAACGGACGAAGUUAUAUUUCGGAGCCCAUUUGGGCCAUUCCCCAAGGUUGACCCUGAUCUGAGCUUGCAUGACUUUUUCUUCCCUCCGGAAAAGCCCCUUAAUCAGCCUGACCAUGAUCUGUACAUCGAUGGACAGACUGGAAGAUCUGUGUCGUUGUAUCAGUUCUAUGAUAAAGUGGUAUCCCUAUCGAGAGUGCUGCGGCAUGAUGGACCUAACCCGGUGGGAUUAAGGAAAUCGCCGGUCGAUGAUAAUGGAAGUGGUGAGAUCAUCGGGAUAUUAUCAAUGAACCAUCUCUCAUGGCCGCUGCUGGCACAUGCAUGCUUCCGGUCAGAGCUUGUGUUUGGUAGUAUCAGUCCAAAUUCGACCCCUUAUGAGCUCUACCAUGUCAUGCGCAAGAUGCAGACAACUUCGGUGGCCGUUCAUGAAUCUCUGCUUCCUUUGUUGAUGGAGACUAUCCAGAAUGGUCCACAAACUGGCAGUGAUAGCACACUGGACUUUGUUCUUGACAGUAGAAAGAUAAUAGUGAUAGCAAAUGAUCCGGCAUUGGACACUGUCCAGGGUUAUCCCACGGUCGAGUCGUUGGUUCGGCUUGGCUCGACAAUACCGGAACGGCCAAGGAAAAGGUCAGGGGGUGACAGGCUGUGCUAUCUCCUUCAGUCGUCAGGGACAUCAGGAUUCCCAAAGGCUAUGAUGAUAUCACACAAGAAUGCAGUACACACCACCCUGCAGGGCAUGAUAAACUCGAGACGGACUGCUGAAUUUCUUAACAUGGAACCGCCAUCAUCUGUGACACUAGGGAUUAUCCCAGCGUAUCACUCGUUUGGUCUGACAUUAUAUACUCUGCGGGUAAACGUGUUCCGGAGUACCAACAUAUUGAUGUCAAAAUGGGACCUAGAGACGGCCCUAAGAUUUAUUGAGAAGUACAAGGUCACCCUACUCCCGCUUGUUCCUCCGCUUGUCCGACAGCUCGCCCUCUCACCCCUGACGGAGAAGUAUGACCUUUCAUCUGUGACCGCCGCGGCGAGCGCAGCAGCAUACCUGCCGCCAGACGUGGCACACGCACUAGGCAAGAAACUGCCGCAAAAUGCUCCAAUCCAAUCCGGCUACGGCCUCUCAGAGGCUCUCUCUGUCGCCCAACCGGUGGCCGAGGGUCUCUUUGGAAUCUCACGCUCCGAACCCGGCAGCAUCGGACACCUGAUGCCCGGGAUAGAGGCAAAGGUGGUUGACCCAGAUACGUAUGAACCUGUUCCUAAGGGUUCCAAGGGCGAGCUCUGGGUACGUGGCCCCAUCGUUACCCCAGGAUACUUCAAAGAUCGAACCGCCACCGCAAGCCUAUUCGCUGAACCGGGCUGGCUGCGAACAGGCGACCUGGUGAGGCGGGGCGCAGACGACCGACUUCACUACCUCGACCGCCUGAAGGAGAUGAUCAAAGUGAAGGGUCUGCAGGUCGCAGCGACAGAGGUAGAGGAUACACUGCUCUCUCAUCCGGAUAAGCUGGUCCGAGACGCAUGUGUCGCCGGUGUCGACAAUGGCCGGGGGGACGGAAGCCUCUUCCCUCGAGCGUGGGUGGUUCUAUCCGACGAAGGCAGACGACGGCGACCAGACCAGGUCAUCCAGCAACUCGACGACUUUGUCAAGAGCCGGCUGUCAAAGUAUAAACAUCUUGCCGGCGGUAUCGAGAUAGUCGACCACACCUUUAAGCCUUCGAGAUAA